CCAAUGGUUAUGCUUUUUUUUUUUUUUACCCCAAGCCCUUUGUGGACAAUGAAAAGCCUAUUUAAAGGUAAAUUAGUGUGGUGGCACCUGGGGUGGCCAAUCAGAUUCCAAGGGUGACAUGUGCUACCCCAGGCCACUCCCUGGACACGCCCCUGAUGUAACUGAGGAACACGGUCCACGUUUCUGUGAAAUAAGAUGAAUUAUUUAACAGUAUUUAGAUGAGCGAGUGCACGGGGACAGAAACAGACACGUUCAGGUGUAAGAGGGAGAAAUGAAGAGUUCUCUAAUGGUGGUGAUGCUUUUCACCAGUGUUACUGUUAUUUUAUUAGCUAAGCUGCAAACCGACCUUUUCCCACCACCAACACGAUUGUGUGUGUCACAUCUUUUAUAUCAACGCCUGUUUGACUUGACGCUGAGGUCACUUACCUGCUGACGUCACAUGAGUGCCUCUGAUCGUCAGACUCAAUCAGCCAGAAGUGCGAACAGGUUGGACUCAUUAGCUCCACUACAGUGAAGCACGCAGCACUGCCAGCACGUGGCUUUUUAACAAUAAACUACAUUUUGAUGAAUCAUUCCAGUUUGUGACAUUUGACAUGUGCAUGCCGCCAUCACAAUCAUUUAUGCAUGGUGGGUUAUUUUAUGUUUGCAGGAUUUAUGUUUGGGCCACCCCUCUCUCACCGAGCAGGUGGUGUGCUCCGGUUAGGUGAGACCAACAGCUCGCUGCAUCUUCAGUGAGGCAGCAAGGUUUUUUAUUUAUGUUUUUUACAUUUCCCACAUUUAGAUUAGAUUUCCAAUCCAUUGGAAUUUCUUGGAUUAGUAUUUUAGAUGAAAUGCCGGCUGUGUUUCCUCAGAGGCACGUUUGCAUGGCUGCAGAAAGGACAUCAACUUCUGCAAAGUGUCUGGAUAAAUUGUAAAAAAAAAAAAGUGUAAUUUUACUCUCCGAUCGCACAAAGAAUAAAUAAACUAAAUACUACAGAGUGCAGUCAGAGGGUAAAACUAGAAUCACUUAAACGUGUUCAUUUGUGGCUCAUAAAAAAGAAUCGAAUGAAUCACAAGUCAUGGCAAAAGUACCCGGUUCAUGACUGACGUGUCUCAAAAGACAAAACAAACUUGUUGACAUAAGAUUCAAAUUUAGAGUUCUGAGAAAAAUGAUAAGAGGCGUUAUCUUUUUUUUUUAUUCCUUUGAAAGUUGCUCUGAGUUUAUUUCCUUUACUAGAAGUGACUAAAACACACGUUAACACUCUGACCUGAUGGAGAAACCCUUUUGGUCAACCACAUUUCAAUCAAAGGAUCUGAUUCUAUCUGCAGCUCAUCUUUUACACGCCUCUUCUAACAGCGUAAAUGAUGCUGUGUGACUGGGCCGACGUUAUUUUAGCUGCUGCAGUUCAGACCUACUGGAACAAACUUUGAGUAAAGCAAGAAUGAAAUGCACAGUAGGUAUGAUGCUCAGUUUAAUAUCAUAUGUGGGUGUUUUCACAAACAUUUUGAUUGUGUCUUUCAAAAUUCUGAAUUGUGCAAUGAUACUUGCAGGCUUUCUUGGAGCGGCGUGCACCUGGAUCCUGAUCCUGACGCAGGACUUGGCUGCAGGAUCUGUGUUCACGAAGCAUGCAGACGGCGCGUCGUGCAGCCUGAAGGAGCUGACCGCCCUCACAGAGAAUGACGUAGAGGAUAGUUUGGAGCUUUUUGACGAAGCCAACGGAAGGACCCUGGGAACGUGGUUUCCCGGUUUUCCUGAGCUGCAGGUCCACCAGAACGCUCCUCUCAGCGGGUCAAAAAUCCAGUGUGAUCUCCACUUCAUGGCUCAAGGCCUGCAGAAGGUUUUGGAGGACCAGGAGCACAAUCUGAAUCCUGCAGACGUUUCACUCCACAAAAGGCUCCGUCACACGAUUUCGAGGGUCAGCAUGCUUGCAGCGUGUGUGACGAAAACCCUCGGCGGCAAAUGCUCCCAUUAUCCAACCCCACCUCGGAUGCCUCGACACGCGUUCGAGAGGAAGCAGUGGAGCCACACGCUGCUGAAGUCCGCCAAGGGCUUCCUGGCCUGGAUGCUGCACCAGCUGGAGGAGCAAACCAGGAACGCAAACAAGCAAAAGCUGAAAAACACAAAAGCAUCACUUCACAGAUACUUAGUGGGGAGUGGAAACCAGCUGUAAUCUCACUUUAAGAUCACUUUCCAUGUGUGUAAAUUAAUAUCAUUUACAAAGCGUACAGAUUUGUCUAUAUUCUCAUUUUUUACUCUGUUGGAAUAAAAUGAAAGUGCCUAUAGGGUCACGUGUCCUGACUGCAUGAAUCCUUAACACAAAACACGUCUCAAUUCUUGAAACUUCCAGUAAUAAAUGAGAAGUUUGUAAAUGAACAAUUCAGAGGAAGUUGGCUUCCUGCUGAUAACAGUUCCUGAUUAGUAAAGCAGGCAGGUUGUGUGUAGAAACCACUUCCUGCCUUGCAGAGCAUUUAAAUACCUUUAAGUAAAAAUACAAAAUGUCCAAAAAAUUCCAGAUUUCUCACAUAUUUUCAGUUAUUUAUGAUAAGAUGCAAGUUUGGGCUCCUCGAGUUUUUAGCAGUAAACACAGCAUGAAAACUAAAAGAAAAGACUUUUUGUUUUAUUAUAUUUGAUAACCUUCAGCAGCGGAUGUGUCCCCAUGUGACAGUAAUUAAUCAAAUGAGAA